AUGAAGAUGCUACUACUGCUCUGCUGCAAGCCUUCUGUUCCCAUCAUCAUCCUCCGUGCAUCCCACGUCUCUUCGGCUCUCAAUGGCGUCUCGAAGCCAAAACCGCCCAACCCCAUGGCUACUCCGAAAGCUCAACUUCGUGCCAUCUUGGAUGAACGAACGCGCAAGGAACCGUCGGCCUCGCAGAGUCGAGCGCCGUCCAGAGGCGUGCUCUCCCCCUUCGCACUAUGGGUCAUCUUCCGGAUGGAAGGAGACGACGCCAUUCUCGCGCCCAUCCCACCUCCACCUCCCCGCAAGGACGCCCUCCCGUCGGGCCAGGUCCUGAACCCUGCGCACUACCACUCCUUCUGGCGGACGCUCCCGCCCCACCUCCUUUCGGGUCCCAAUCACGCCCGGGAUACCCGGCGUACAUCCCAGAGGGAUCUCCUGCCCGACGAGCUCGUGCAAGUCCCGAUGGCCCUGUUCCCCACAUCAGCCGAGCAGACCUUCGAGGUCCGCCGGUUCCUCGCAGUCUGGUGGGUGAACGCGCACGGGAUGCCGCUCGCCGACGGGGAGGACGCCGAUCCAUCAUCGAUCCGUCGUGGAGUACUCGUGGCCGGGGUACAACAUGGUUCCACCCAGACGCUCGAAGGCUCGUUCACUAUCGGCGAGCUGACGUCGGUGAUCGCGACUUCGCUCAACCACUGGAUCGCAUAUGCCUCGAACCUGCCUGCGGAGACCUGCUGGGCACCUCACUGGAGAGUCGGCCGCAAAGGCAUCAGACUGGAGGAUGUGUUCCUCAUGCACCUCGCGGAGGUAGAAGUUGAUCAGACGCAUACGGUAUGGAUGCCGCUGUUGGAGGUCGCGGCCGAUUCGGGACGAUAG